CUGAUCCUGCUGGUGGUGCUGUGGCUGCUUGGGGUCCUGGCGAGAGAUGACCCCCAAAAAGACAGCAGAUACAUGAUAAAGCAGAUCAGGUCGUGUCCCGACGUGGGAUACUUCUUCAGGAGAGAGGGCAGCCCCAACGCCCUGGAUGCCCUGUGCCACCUUUGCUUCUGCCAGGACGAUGGCACUGCCGUCUGCUGGCCCCGGGAGAACAGGCGGUGUGAUGCAGCGCAUUACCAGCACGGCGUUGGAAAGAGAGAUGCAAGAGUCCGCCGCAGUCCCAUAGGCCUGAGUGAUAUAUUCUUCCGCGAUGCAGCACGAGACUUGUUCAACAAGCAAAUGCCCGAAACUUGUAAGCCGUACGAAAGCACUUUCAGCGAGGGAUGUCCACCGGCGGACUGGUGUACCGGCUGCACAGUGUGCGACUGCAACGCCAACGGCCGCUGGGACUGCCACAUCCUCAGCUUCUGUCCCGACAAAAAAGAUAAAAAAAAACUUAAGACGAGCAAAAAACGACUCAGGGAUGGAUCUCCUCCUAAAAGAACAACUGUCACAGCGUCCAAGUCUGUCACACCAAAUAAUAAAAACACUAAGAACCAUCCGAAACGUACCCCCACACCUACCACUCCCAAAAAGCCGGCAGUCAACAAAAAGCAAGUGAAAAAUAACGGUAAAAUUUUACAAAAAGAAAAACAAAACAAUGGAUAUACAAAACAAGUAAGAAAAUGGACUCCCAACGCCACUAACACAAUAGAGAAAAGAAGCAGUGCAUCUCCAAAACCCUUGAUUAUAAACAAGGAAGUACCCAAGACACCAAUUUUAGUAAAUGUACCAAACUUAGAAGGGAAAAAUGCUGAAAUAUUUACUCAAGAGGUGUAUAAAAAAGUCGUCUUAGCCGUGGAAAAGAUGUUAGAGAAAAGAAUAGCGGCUGUGCCUAAACCAACAAAACCUACGGGCACACGGAGUCGAAAAAUGGUGAAGAGGAGCACAAAGAAUUUGAAAAAUAUAAAGAACGCAAAGAAAAAAGUUGACGACUUUACCGUCACAAUUUUACCAAAUGCAACUUCAUCAGGAGUUGAAGAAACCGUGACUAAUGUAACAGGGACGAAUAACUAUUACAAAUACUCAAUGAUAACUCCAUCGCUUUCAACUGCCACUGUAAAUUCAGAAGAAUACCAAAUUGUGUAUGCUUCAGAGAAAAAUAAGACAACAGACUUCAAUAGAACACAUACGCACCAAAAAAGAGAUAAAGAGAAACAUUUCGAUGAAAUUCAAGCUGAAGUGUUAAAUAAUAAUACCAUUAUCAUAAAAAAUAAUACAAUAUCUGAAAAACCCAAAUUUUCUCUUGAAAAUGUUUCUUCUGACUUAAAUGAUUUGAAAUUUAAGGAAUGGUCUCAGAUCAAAUUGCUUAAACACAGAAUUAUGAGUGCAAAACAAGUUGGCAUCAAUGCUACAGUUAGUGGAAAUAAGACGUCGAAUUUCUCAAAAGCUUAUGAAGACUCAGGUGUGAACCAACCUAAGGUUAAAGCAAAGGAUAUUGCACGAAUAGUAAGCCCAACAACCAGAAAAUACAAUAGGAGUAAAGUUAUCAACACGUCAAGAUGUAACACAGCGAAUUCAAAGAAACGAAGUCCUGAAAGUUUUAGAGAAAGAUUUUAUCAUAAAAUUGAUGAUCUGCAAAAUGUCCUGAAAAGGCUGCUGAGUGAAUUUCAUAAGACGAAUAAAACCAACAUCAAGCCCAAACCGAGAAGAUUUAGUGUAAUAAAAUAUUUGAAGAGGUUUUUUACUAAAACAUUCAAAAAAUACAAAGGAAAAGGCAAAAAUGGAAGCAAAUAUCAAAAUGAGCUCAAUGAUCACAUUGUAAAUACAAUCUGCGAAAGCUUUAGUGAUUGCGACAUGAGUCAAAAGAAUAACAUAAAACUGAGAAAUAAACUAAGAGAGUUGAACAAUGAAUCGUAUGUUAUUAUACGAACUAUCAAGAUAAUAAAAGGAUUACUGCAUCUAUUAGACGUUCCUUCUGAAAAUAUAAUUGAUGGUGAUAAAAAAUUGAAUAGCCCUAAAGAUAAUUCAAAUUUUAAAGAAGACAUUCAUAAACUAAAUUCGGUUCUGAAAGAUAAAUAUAUAAACAACAAUACUCCAUUAACGUCGACUCAAAUGACUCAGAUAAAGUAUAUCAAAAACAAUACUCAAUUAUUCGUGCAGUCAGUCAGUAGAUUUGCAAAUAUACUGAAUGAGAUCAUAACUAUUUUGACAAAGAAACAAAACAUCGAAGACAAGAGUAAACAGUCUUUCAAAACGGCUAAAAGAAGUUAUGAUAACAUCAGGAAACUGAAAAAUGAUACCGACGGAGAUUUUAAAAGACUGAAAGGUUUGCUAGUAAAAUACAAUUUGAUUCAGAAUACUUUUGUGCGUAAAAUGUAUAAUCUAUUGACGAAAUUUGAGAAAGUACAAGAGAAUAGUACAAAACCGAAGAUGAAUAAAGAAAACAAGUUGACGACAGCUACCAUAGAGCGUUUUUCAAGGAACAUUAUCAAUAACCUAAGGAAACUGAAGAAUUUAGCAAAGAUGCUAAAUUCUAGAAGGAAGAAGAGGAACGCCAUGAGAGAUGACGAUGCUAUGGAGUAUUUGUUGACUUUGAUGGAGUAUUUACUGAAACAAAACUAUCCGUUAGAUGCAGCACCAGUAAACGAUGGCAUUGAUCUAUUAAUAGAGGCGAUAAAAAGUGCACCAGAUAUCAAACCAAUUAAGAAGAAAGUGUUACAAUUGCCGGUUAACAUCAGAAUUUCUAGAACAACGGAGCCCAUUCCCUAUGGCAUGUCCAAAAUGGACACCUAUUCAGACUCGAGAAAGGCUAGUGAUGAUAGUGCAUACAAUGACACCAUAUCAGAUACGAGAGAGCAUAGCAGUAAUCAAGAAAAAGAAAGUGAGGAUUUCAAAUAUCAGCCGGGUAAAAACAUAUUUGAUAGUGGAGCAGCAGCAAAUACUGAAGUUUACUACGAAAAAGGCGAGCCUUCAGCAACUCCAAAGAAAUUGAUGGAUACUACAGUGCCAGGUGGUUUUGGUAUCUUCGGAAACGUAGAUGAAACUACGGAAUAUAACAAAUUCAAAAAGCUUGAAUCCAUUGCUAAAGAAAGUAAUAAGAAAUUCGAAUUGUUUAACAGUGAUUUAGAUGAUGACGAAGUAGAAGUGUCUAGCACAACCGUGGUAUCGAAUCCAGAAACUGAGAUGGAUAAUGCUGUCACUGUCACUAUUCCACUGGAGACAACUGAAGGUAAUGCUGAUGAUAGAAGUAAACAAUACAACAUCAACAGUGCAGAUGUAUCCGGGAAUAGUGCUGGUGACAAACGGGUGGUCUUAGAUUGGCUAGAUGACGGCUAUGAAGACAAUAAAGAAGUGAGACAGACUAAAAACGUAACUGUUGCACAGACUGUACCACCAGUGAUCACUACAACUAAAGCAGUUCACGUCGAUAAUGUUAGCACUUUGACGAAAGAAGCGAGUGAUGAGGAAGAGAAAAAAAGAAUGAUGAAGAUCAAUGUUCAUGAUGUCAUGUUUAAGAAACAAAUGGAUUUGCUGAAUUCUCUGGAUUAUGGCACUGAAAGAUCUGAAGCUGAUGACACUGAGUCUAAAGAAGGUGAUGAGAGGUACUCCGGCGAUGUAUUUCCUUCGUAUUUUGCGUAA